UCUUGGUCCGCUUCCUCCUUCACAUCACAUCACUUCAUCUAGACACCAACCCUGCCCGGCAUGGAGAGGACAUGGUCCGGCGACUCGGCCGCCUCGCCUCUCCUCGAAAAGCCAAGCUACAUGGCUACCUUCGAUGCUAAUCGCCCGCGCCCACAUCGGAGGCGAUCAUCGAUGCCAGCCGAAACCUUGCCGCCUUCCCAGCAUAAUCAAAGCCUCGCAGCCAUCAAGGAACGACGCAAGUUUAGAGAGAACAACAAGCUCUCUUCCUCUUCCAACCUACCAUCAAAUGGCGGCUCCCACAUCAAGCGCAAGCGCAAACCCCGCCCGCUCAGCACGACGACGACGACGACGCACGCAGACUCUUCGGCCUCUGUCAUCACGUCCACUCCUCAGCCCCGCCGACCGAGCAGACCAUCGCUACAUUCAUCCAACGACUCAAUAUAUGCCGCUGGGCCAUCUGCUAGCGACGAUGCCAACGAUGACAGCUCAUCCUCCAGCAGCGGAGGCGAGGAGUCUUCGUCUGCGACGGAGCCAUUUCGGUGGGACAAAAAGGCAAAGCGCAGCAGCAUCGCAGUAUCCCAAGGCCUGCUGGCCUACCUCGCCCCAGACUCGCAACCAUCGACGAGCAACCAUACAAGAGAGCCAUCGCCGAGCAUCUCUGGUCCAUCAAAGCGCAGCUUGACGCCGACUGGACAACGCAUCCCUCGCAGCCAUGUCGACGCUGCUGCUGCACGCACCUCGCCCAGCCCCUCCUUGACGGUCCCACCCGCCACUCGCUCCUCGCGAGCUGCACCGCCGAUGCGCAAGACUCGCGGUUUCAAUACUGUGGCAGAGACAGUCCUCCUCACUGGCACAGCUCUAUGGGCCUGCUGGCAGCUCGCCUCACGCCCAGAGCCAGAAGCUAGAGCAAAGGCCAGCGAGGUGGGUGUCAUCAUCGUCGGCAGCUUAAUCUACUUCAUCCUCGCAGGGAGACAUGGUAUGAUAUGGUCGACGGACGCACGCAGCUAUCGACCCUGCCCAGACGACGGCUCGAUGAGUGGCCUGCUCCUCGGUCCCCUCUUGGCCACCACGAUGCUCUUUGCCUCGCUGGACGAGUCGAUCCUCACCCCUUGGCGACAACGUUCGCCCAAUCAAGAAGGCCUAGCUAGUCCACCCUGGUACAUCGAGGAGCCCAUCGAAGUGCUCGGCAUCCGCAAUCGUCAAGCCUUUAUCAAAGCCACACCUCUCACAGCGCUAGCCCUAUCCCGCUGCACUCUCGUCAGCCUACAAACGCUCAUCAGCCUCAUCCUCCUCAUUCAUUUGGUCGUCACGCGAUGGUUCAGCAGCCUUCAGACGAGGGCAGCAAAGAGCAAUUGGGGCCGACUGGGAAGCUACAUCGCCUUUUCCUCUGCGGUCACGGUGGGCUUGUUCACCAUACGCGAGGUCAUGGACUUCUUCGGCCUACCGGUGUGGACGGGGCUCGCUCGAUGGGAAGUCAUCACGGCUAGCAUCAGCUUUCAAACGAACAUGUACACAAUCUCACGUCUCGGUCGCGGCAGCUUUACACUGGGAGAAUUGGGCAUCGUGGCAGCGUUGGGCGUCACGCUGAUGAUAGAGACGAUCAACUUGACGCUAGCUAGACUCUUUCCCAAUUCGACCCUCUUCCUCAAGACGUUUCGCCGUGCGACACCGCUCCUCAUCUUCCAACUCGCCCUUAUCGUCGGAACCUUCUUCAUCGGAUUCCUACUCUCUCCACUCCUCUACCUCUCACGACACCUCGCUCAAAAGCCGGUACACCGUCUCAGAUGGCCUCACAAGAGGGACUUGCAUCGUCGCCUCCUCGCCGCUUCCUUCUACAUCUUUGCAAUGGCAUACGUGGUGGGCGCCCUCGGCCUCUGGGUACGCUGGCUCCUCGGUGGUCGUGACCCUUGGUUCUGGACCGCACACUUCGUCGUCCAAGGCCAGAGGUGGUGGACGAGGCCGGCUCUCGUCAUCUACUGGCUCGUGUGGAUCUCGGCCAGCAUCACUGGCUGGCAGACAGUCGUCUCGAGGGCCAAGAGAUUUCGAUCGAGGCCACCAAAUGCCCCGACAAACCAGCAGCCGCCCACACCUAACUCUGCUCCCCAUGCCGCUACAGUAUCGACGAAUUCCGCUCCGAGCGGCGCUAAAGCCAUCAAGUCGUGGAGCUACGCCACAUCUCCCCUUGCCACAGAGACAAACUUCUCUGCAAAGCUACGCCGUCCAGCCCACCACCACCUCAGUCUCAACGCCCGCCGCAAGUUUUUCCAUGCCCUCGCCGUGGUUCUCUACACCCCCGCGAUUGCCUUUGACCCAGCAUUCACGCACCUCUCCUUCUCCCUGGCAUUCUCCGUCUUCACAUUUGCAGAGUACGUCCGCUACUAUGCGCUCUACCCGUUUGGAGCACCCCUCCACGUCUUUAUGUCGGAAUUCACCGAUCACAAGGACUCUGGUCCGGUGAUCCUAAGCCACUUCUACCUCUUGUCGGGAUGCGGCGGAGGUUUGUGGCUUGAAGGGAACAAGCAGAUCAGUCAUCACACUGGCGUGCUCAUCUUGGGCAUUGGUGACGCGCUGGCAUCCGUCAUUGGGCGCAGGUACGGCAGGCUGCACUGGCCCCGGAGUUCAAAGACGAUCGAAGGCUCGGCGGCCUUUAUGAGUAGCGUCAUCUUUGCGGCGUGGCUGCUACGUCUGGCAGGCUGGUGCGAGGAUUUCAAUCUCUGGCGCUACUCUGGCGUAGUCUGUGCCCUCUGCUUCAUGGAAGGAGUGAGCGAACAGAACGACAACCUCAUCCUGCCCAUCUAUGCCUUCAUUUGUCUCGGCUUAUUCGGAGUCGCCUAGCCAGCGAUGAUCAUCUAUUCCUACCUCGUUGUCACGCCGCCCCCUCACGCUCUCACCACACUUCAUUAGCAAAUGGACAGCAGAUCGAUAAUAGAUUGACUAGAAGAAGAAUUAAUGCGGCUUGGAGAAAGGGUGGAGUGACGAAGUGCUAGCUAGUCUUGGCCGCGCGUCGUCAGCGCCGCCUCGUACAUGUCGAGCUGGGAGAGGAGGAGACGACAGAGCUCAUCCUGCUGCCCGAUGGUGAUGACCUCUUUCUUGACGGACG